UAUGGCGUCAACACACUGCCAACAUGACCGCUGUGGACGCUGCUCUAGCGUUCCUUCGAUGCCACGAGCUUUUUCGCGCUGCUGCGAGCUUCCAAGAUGGCUCGUACCACGACAUUGUACGUUUUCGGCGGCUUCCCUUGCCUAUUCCACCAGCACCGUCAACGCCUUCGUUGCCUCAUCACUACAUUGGCGGGUACCUGCCUCACUUUCCCAUGUUGUGGACCCAUUCCAACCCACUUGACGAGAUUGGAACACCGACACCAGCAAUUGCCAAUGCUCCGACCACAUCUUGCCUUGAUAUUGACGGGGCUGGAUUUGACAGACUCCACGACGUACUCGGUCCAUGGCUCGAGGAGUUUGGGACGUCUCGUCUGGCAAUGGUCGUGAAUGCAAUACCACAUCUUGAACAUGUGCUUCUGGGAUAUGCUGCUAUGUAUGGCCAGGUAUCUACGCUGCGGUACCUCCACGACCACAAUCAACUACUCUUGCACAGUGCCACUAGUACCUACUCCACCCACGCGUUGAACGUUGGCAUUUUGUUCAAUCAACUGGAAGUGGUGCAGUUUUUGCAUGCGAAUUGCCCUGGUAUGACAUGCACCAAAGAAGCCACGGACGGGGCCGCAGGGAUGGGCCACUUGAAGAUGGUGCAGUGGGUACACACUCAUCGCAAGGAAGGGUUUUCAAAAAUGGCCAUGACAAGUGCAGCGGCGAAUGGACAUUUGAACGUCGUGCAGUUCCUACAUGCCCAUCGAAAAGAAGGUUGCACAACUCAGGCGAUGGACAACGCUGCGUCCAAUGGCCACGUGGAGGUCGUCCAAUUUCUGCAUGCUAACCGUCCAGAAGGCUGCACGACUGUCGCCAUGGACGAAUUUGCACGGCAAGGCAACCUCGAGAUCGUCCAAUAUUUACACGCAUCGCGAUUCGAGGGAUGUACGACCCAAGCCAUGGACAACGCUGCAUCCAAUGGCCAUCUGGAGGUCGUCCAAUUUUUGCAUGCCCAUCGCACAGAAGGCUGUACGACCCGGGCGAUGAAUGGCGCGAGUGCUCGGGGCUGUUUGGAGAUCGUGCGUUGGCUGCAUUGGAAUCGACGAGAAGGCUGUACGACCUACGCCAUGAACCAAGCAGCGAAAAAUGGCCAUUUAGAAGUGGUGGCGUUUCUGCACGUUCACCGGUCCGAAGGCGCCACGACCGUGGCAAUGGACAGCGCGGCCGAAAACGGACACUUGGAAGUUGUGAAAUUUCUACACACCCAUCGAAGCGAAGGAUGCACGUCGUAUGCCAUGGAUAGUGCAUGUCGAAAUGGCCAUUUGGACGUGAUUCAAUGGUUGCACGAACAUCGAUGGGAGGGUUGUACGACCCGUGCCAUCGACAUGGCCGCAAGUCAAGGCCAUCUGGAGGUCGUCCAAUGGCUCGUGCAGCAUCGAUCCAAGCAACGAUGCACCACCUUUGCACUGGACAAAGCGUCUCAAAAUGGCCAUCUGGCAGUCGUCGCAUACCUAUCGCAGCAACUCAUGCGGGAUUGGGAGCCACGAGUCGGAAAAUGCGCCGGGGUUUGCUAGCUUUUGAAUCAAGGAAUGAUGCCUGUGAUAGUAUGACUGCUUCUCAAUGCAUUCAUUAGAGAUCGUAAACUAGAUAUCCAGCGUAAGCAAGGUCGAAUUUUGGUUUGGCUAUUGGAAACGAGGGUGUAUCGUAACACUAGUACAAGGCAAA